AUGGCAUCAAGUGUCAAUUUCGAAGAGAUACAUUCGAGUUUAUUAACUUUUUUCCGAACUCAAUAUUUCUUUAUUAAUUACGAGCUAACCUUCCUACGAAUUUUAAGAGUCGCGACGUUAGUGGAUAUUGUGUUUCUUUCAUUAGAAGAGACAAUUGAAUUGAUAAAGUUGUUAAAAAAUGACGUAACAAACGACAGCGACAAAUCUUCACGUCCUACGUCAUCGUUAUUUUCUUACCUUUGUGCACUCCAAUUCUCGGCAACUCACACUUUUAUAUGUAACAAGGUUCUCUUGACCGAGAAAUUGGACAAAGAUUUCCGAAAUAACUUUCAGGAUAAUAUUUAUUUUGUAGAUGUCUUAAAGUCAAGUGGUAAACCAAGAUUGGCAAGAUGGCUUCUCGAGUACCCGAUUAUUUACGUGCAAAAUAUCGAGGAGAGUAUUGAUGAAAUAGAAAAUAACGAAGGGAAUUGUUUAGGGAAUGAAGAAUUGAGAUUGUGUCGAGUGUACUUGAGAAAACGAGAAGCUGAUAAGAAUCGGCAAAUUUUGUUAAGUUUCUCUUUUCCAAAAUCAAUUUUUUCGACACAAGAAACAGAAAUUAUUGCACGUUUAAAAUCCCUUUUCAAUUCUCGACUUUCAGAGCAACAAAACGCUAUUUGGAAAAAUGAAUGUGAAAUCGAGAUUUCGGAUGUUUGUUUGCCGGUUGUAGCGCUCUAA